ACUAGGCUCGAGCGGGUAUAUAAACAGCUUUUGCCUCUAUAAUUUCUCGAAUCCGUUACAUCGGCAAGCGAUUGAGAGAGAAGAAAGAGGAGGAUGGAGAAGGAGGAGGAGAAGCUAGAGAGAGUGGGACCAUUGGAGGAGCCGUUGAUGAAAAACAUCGUGCCAGAGGAGGAUUCGCUAUCCAUGUCGGAUACUGAUAGCGAGAUACCUGAUUCUCCCGUUCCCAUCAACGCUCCGAUCUACCGUAUGUUUGGACGAGAACGUCCGAUCCACAUGGUUCUCGGCGGAGGUAAACCUGCUGAUGUGUUGUUGUGGAGGGACAAGAAGGUCACGGCAGGGUUAGUGGGUGCAGUGACUGUGAUCUGGCUCUUGUUUGGUUUCGGACAUUGUCGUCUUCUUACAUUUGUUUGUCGCGGAUCGAUCCUCUUUGUGAUUCUCUCAUUCGUCUGGUCCAAUGCACUCAACAGAUCUCCUGAGAAGAUAAUGGAGAUUUAUAUCCCUGAGAAGCCAUUACUCCAAGCUGCUUCUGCAUUGACCUUUGAGGUUAACUGUGCUCUUGCAACUUUAAGGAGCAUUGCGUUAGAGAGAGACAUCAAAAACUUUGCACUGGUAGUCAUAGGACUUUGGCUCGUAUCAAUAAUCGGAAGCUGGUUCAGCUUCUUGUCAUUGAUCUACAUCUGUUUUGUAUUGAUUCACACGGUGCCAAAGCUGUAUGAGAAGUAUGAAGAUGAGAUUGAUCCAAUCGCUGAGAAGGCUGUGAUUGAGAUGAAGAAGCAUUUCCAAGUUCUUGAAGCCAAGUUCUUAAUGGGCAGAGCCUUUAUGUUAAAUUCUACACAGUCUCUCUCCAUUUUCACAAGCUACAGACAUUUAAACACUACAGUCCACUGAGUUGGAUUUCUAAAGAUAAGAGAAUCGACCAAUAAAAUCACGAGAAACGUCCACGUGUCUUUAUAAGAAAUCUAGUCUAGUAAAAAGCGCAGCAGACUAAAAAAAUCGAGUAGAGAUGAAGAAGAAGAAGAGGAGAAGCAGUACGCAGAAGAAGAAGAAGAAAUAGUUCGAUGGCGAUGACAGUAGCAGCUUCCACCUCUGUGGCAGUGUCUCCACCGUCCCUUACCUUCCUCCGCUACCUCCUCGCUCUUUUGAGAUUCAGCGAUGCGGUUUAGUUGUUAAAACCUAAACUUCAAUUCGAUUUUCCCGGUUUAACAUCUGGUAUAGAGAGUGUAAGCUAAUCCAAAACCGGAAAUGGAGGGGUUUAUAGUUUAAUUUCAAUUCGGUUUACCCGGUUUAGAAUCUGGUAUAGAUAGUGUGUAAUGGAUAUUUGACUUGAAUGAUGUUUGUUUGUUAUGAGUGUGUUCCUAAAGUUAUGGAGUGCAAUGCAUAUUCUCUGUUGUAGCUUCCUAAAGUUAUGAAGCUUCUCAGAUACUCUCUUGCUGUGCUGAUAUGGUCUACAGUACAGCACGUAUGGAUUUACUCUUUCAUGUACAAGAAAGCGAGAACGAGAAACUAAUCUCUUAGCUUCUGAAACUAAUCUCUAAGCUCCCUCCUCCAGCCGGAUACCCUCCCGGUUAUCCCCAACAUUGAGAAACUUUAAACCGAUAUCUUCAUAUUGUGUGUCAAAGUGUUGUUGUUAGGUUGUUAUAUUGUUGUCAGCUAUCUUCUUCCUCAGUUAUGGGGUUGCUUUUUGCAAGUAUCAGUACUCUGUUAAGCUUUGGAAUCAUCUGGUGCGUUGAUUUUACAUUCAUUUAGAUCAUGAUCGUUGAUUGAACCUUGCUCUGGAGAUUCUAGCAUUUCCUUGUAACCAAGGAACUACUGACCCGAUUACUGACUUUGUCUGUACUCGGUUCAAAUCUGAAUUCCCCAUUUUCCACAAGAUUGAAGUGAACGGAGAGAAUAUUUCCUGAAUGGUGGUGCUGUCUGACUGAUUCGCCUGUGUUGAUAACUCUACUUUGAUUUGAAUCUGUUGUGGUUUUUGUUGUUUUAAAAAUCUGAACUGGCUGGUUACUCUCACAAUUUAGUCGGUUAUCCAGAUGAACAAGCAUUGAUUGCCUCGUGUUGAUAAA